AUGACUGCAGAAGUUGCUCAGUCGGCUGAAGAACAACAAAAAGCUCAAGGCAAGAAGAAUUUCGAGCUCUUGAGUGUUAUUGUUGAGAAGGUGACGGGAACAGUAAAGUGGUUUAGCGUCCCUCGACACUACGGAUUUAUUCAGCGCGAUGACAACAAAGAGGAUGUUUUUGUUCACAGAACAGCUAUUACAGCAUCCCGAUCUCGGUUUCCAACUCUAAAAAAUGGAGAACCUGUCGAGUUUUCAGUUGUUCAAACAACUGGGGGUGUCAAUGCCGCUUCUGUGACUGGUCCUAACGGUCAACGUGUAAAGGUAGGUGACCUCACCUUAGUCUUGACGUUUUUCGACUUGAAACGGGUGCCCCUAUAUUUUAUCGACGACCCAAGCCCAACCCCGAAGGAAGUGAUGGGCAAUUCAGGGCAAACGGAACUGCUCAUGCUAGUGGGGACGUCGAGGGGACUCGCCAGCGAGGUGGCCCUCGCAGGCUUAGGCGAGGACGUCGAUCCUUCCGACCACCAGAACGGGAUGGGUGACGGUGAGGUUACCGGCGGUAGUGGAGAGCAAGACGAGGAGCAUGGUGGUGCUAGUGGCGCAGAGGGCGCCGGUAUUCCCCGUCAACGUCCUCGUCGUUUUCGCGGUGGCGGUAGAAGUCGAGGACGUCAACGAUCCACCAGCACCAAACAGCAGACCAACGGUGAAGCCAAUGGUGAAGAGGGAGUUGUCACCAGUGGCGAAGAAGGCCUGCGCCAGCAACAGCCGCCCCGUCGCGGUGGGCGUUUCCGUCGUGGUGGUGGCGGCGGCAGGUUUCGCCGCGGCGGUAGUGGUGCACCUACAAGAGAAAGAACUGCGGGUUUGGAGAAACCAGCCGUUCCAGAGAAUAGUGAAGGAUCUUUAGAACAGAAAAUGGACAACAUGUCUUUGAGCGAAACAACUAAUGUGUCAGAGAAGCCGAAGGAGACAAUAGCGGGUGAUACGGAAAACGUGCAAGAGGAGCCGACGACCGGAGACGUUUCUGCCGAAGCCGCGGAGACCACUCCGGCCACAAAUUAG